AUGACAAUCACAGAAUGUAUCGAACGCCCAUGUAACCUUACAUGCAAUGAAAGAGACAAUUUGUUUAGGAUCAGCAACAAGUAUACUUGCAGAUGCGAUGAUGUAAGCUUGUUUCCUACCUGUCGUUUUGAUGUCGACGAAUGCGCUUUGGGACAGGAUAAUUGCACACAAGGCACGAAAUGUAUUAAUACGCUCAAUGGAUUUGAUUGUAUAUUCAAGUGUACGUGUGACACGUGUUAUAACAACGGUACGUGUCAUGAACAUUUGUACAGUGGAAUAAAAACAUGUGAAUGUCAAUCGAAUUAUACCGGAUUACGAUGCGAGACUUAUCUCGACGGUUGUUGGCCAUCGCCUUGUGUUCACGGAACAUGUGUACCGGUAGAGAGUGGCGCUACUUGUUUCUGUAGGAUUGGUUUUGCAGGACGUUAUUGCGACGUGGAAAUAGACGAAUGUCAGUUAUCACCAUGUGGCCAUCAAGGCACCUGCUCUGGUCACGUGGGUGGAUACACUUGCGCCUGUAAAGACGGAUAUGUUGGAGCAAACUGUGAAAUCAAUAUUAAUGAAUGCGCAAGCAAUCCUUGUAAAGAAAAUGAAUUAUGUCAAGAUGAUAUGAAUCGAUAUCGUUGUAUGCGAGUGCAUAGCGCGUGCGACGAAAACGUGUGUGCACACGACGGCGUCUGUCUCAGACUCUCCGACAAAGGUCAUUGUUACUGCACGAACGGAUAUCACGGUGUCCACUGCGAAGUCGAAGUGAAUGAGUGCAGUUCUAGUCCUUGCUCUAACGGAUCUUCUUGUGUCGACGGUAUCGGUAACUACACGUGUGUCUGCCCGCCAGAAUUUACCGGUCCACACUGUGACACAGUAAUGACUGAUUGUGAAAUAUCAGAUUGUGGGAGUAAUGGUAAGUGCUUGAAUGGCACGUGUAUAUGUCUCGACGGCUACACGGGUAACAGAUGUGAGAGUGAGAUCGACCCUUGUGUUUCGUCAAGCUGUGAUUACGGGGCAAAAUGCGUGCCUGACUAUCCGUCUUACACGUGUUCGUGUCCGACGGGAGCAAUUGGUCGCCAUUGCGAAUUUUUUCAAUAUUGUGGUAUUCAUAGUGACGAGUUUGUGUCGGACUUUGACAACCUUAGAGCAUUCCCGUACGGAGAAAGUGCAGUUCAAGUAUCUUGGGAGUUACGGAAUGCGAGCAAUAAGCCGGAAACAAGAAGAUUUUACGUUCUACGAUAUUUGUUAGAAUACAGCACAGUCGACAAUUUGUUCGCUCGAAAUGUUACGGUCAAUGGCACCAAUGUGGUACUCGAAGAUUUAAAUCAUUUAGAAUUUCGUUUUGGAAUCGCUUCAAUUAUCAAUGACAAGGAUCGACUCGUCUGCAGCAAGUUUUCCUAUGUGUCAGGAGCUGUUGCGCCAAACAUUUCUCGUUAGUUUGUGUGUUUCUUUUAUGUCUAUUUAUCUAUCUAUCUGU